CGGAAACGCGAGAUGCAAGCGGGGAAGCCCAUCCUCUAUUCCUAUUUCCGAAGCUCCUGCUCAUGGAGAGUUCGAAUUGCUCUGGCCCUGAAAGGCAUUGAGUAUGAGACAGUGCCCAUCAACCUCGUAAAGGAUGGGGGACAACAGUUCUCUGAGGAAUUCCAGGCAGUGAAUCCCAUGAAGCAGGUGCCAGCCCUGAAGAUUGAUGGAAUCACCAUUGGCCAGUCACUGGCCAUCAUUGAGUACCUGGAGGAGACCCGGCCCACUCCGCAACUCCUGCCUCAGGACCCGAAGAAGAGGGCCAGUGUGCGCAUGAUCUCUGACCUCAUCGCUGGUGGCAUCCAGCCCCUGCAGAACCUGUCUAUUCUGAAGCAAGUUGGACAGGAGAACCAGCUGGCCUGGGCCCAGAAGGCCAUCAGUUCUGGCUUUCAUGCUCUGGAGCAGAUCCUGCAGAGCACAGCGGGGACGUACUGUGUAGGAGAUGAGGUGUCCAUGGCUGAUCUGUGCUUAGUGCCUCAGGUGGCAAAUGCUGAAAGGUUCAAGACGGAUCUCACCCCCUACCCUACCAUCAGCCGCAUCAAUAAGACGCUGCUGGCCUUGGAGGCCUUCCAGGUGUCUCACCCCUGCCGGCAGCCAGAUACACCCCCUGAGCUGAGAACCUAGCUCAGCACCCCAUUGGUGCAUGGGCAGGGAGAGGGGUACAGGAGCAGAAGCUGAGUGGGCUGAGCAGGUCUAGAAAUGAGCAAAUCCUAACAGGGGAAGCAGGAACUCUAGCCCUUGAACUGGAAUUAUAGCCCUGGAUCUGCCUUUCUGCUGAACCUCAGUCCUCCCAUCUGUCAAAUGCGGGUGGGGUGAGGUGGGGGGAUCCUGGGAGGGGGGUGGGCAGAAACAUUACCUGCUAUAUAUGUCAUGGGGCAGUCAUAAAAUGAAAUGAGAAUGUGGGUUGUGGAUUAAAAGGCCUGGCAAGUUUAUUGUA